AUGACAUCGAGAUAUAGAGUGGAGUAUGCUCUUAAAACACACAGGCGAGACGAGUUUAUUGAAUGGAUCAAAGCCCUUCUUGCUUGUCCGUUUGUGUUGCAUGCAGACAUCGAGAGCUUUGACACUGAGUUCCCUGAGUUGUACAACCUUCCUGAGGAUUCCGAACGGUACUACAAGAACCACGAAUUGAAGAUUGCACAAGAUUGCCAGCACCGGUACCUACAGAUAUUCCAAGACGUUGAGACUUUGAUUGACCAUACACGUGCCAUUGACAAGCUUAACGAUAAGGACCCGACUCGCAACGCAACCAGUCGUUUGCGGAACUUGGUGCCUUCGUUGGGAAGAUUCUUUACAAGAUUGCCCUUGGCGGAUGCAUUUUUACUAGAGGAUGAAAGAAGGGCCAUUAGUAAGAGGAGAUUGGUCAGUCCCUCGUUCAACGAUGUGCGAAUGAUUUUGAAUACGGCCCAGAUUAUGGCGUUGACAGACAUCCAUCACAACAAGAGCGAGAGCCACCUUAAGCUUAUCACGUUUGACGGGGACGUGACGUUGUACGAAGAUGGACAGUCUUUGGGCGAGUCGAGUGUGGUUGUUAAGCGAUUGGUGACCUUGCUCCAGCUGGACUUGUUUGUGGGGGUGGUUACUGCUGCGGGGUAUCCAUCGCAAGCCGGAGCAGAUAAGUACUACGAGCGGUUGAGGGGGCUUAUCGACUACUUGAAUCGAGACGACUGUGUGUUGACACCACGCCAACGAGAAAACUUGCUUGUCAUGGGAGCAGAGUCCAAUUAUCUUUUUCGAUACAAUAACGAAAUGAAAGGGUUGAAGUUUAUUGACAGUGACGAUUGGUUACUCCCAGAAGUCAAGAGGUGGGACAUAAGCAAGAUCGACUACAUAAUGCACACAAUCCAUGAUCAUUUGCUGCACCUUCGUAUGAAGUUUAAUCUUGAGAGUACAACGACGAUAAUCAAGAAGGAGCGAUCAGUGGGGAUCAUUCCUAACGCCGGGUGUAAGAUCUUGCGUGAGCAGUUGGAAGAAAUGGUUCUUUCGUGUUCAAACAAGUUGGGCGUUGUGCUACAAGGCACGGGCGCUUCAAAGAGCACCGCCACCUCUGCUACAGAAGCUGCAGAUGCACCUGAUAAGUCGCCCCAUUCGCUUGCACUAAGUGAUAUCAAAGUGUGUGCAUUCAAUGGCGGCAGUGACGUUUGGGUCGAUAUUGGGGACAAGGCGCUUGGUGUUGAGUCGUUGCAAAAGUAUAUAUGCCAACUGGGGGAUUUGGAUAUAUGCCCCAUCACCAAAUCGGAGAGCUUGCAUGUGGGAGAUCAGUUUGCUAGUUUAGGAGCCAAUGACUUCAAGGCGAGAUUGAGUGCAUGCACCGUUUGGAUUGCAAGCCCGGCGGAGACAGUGGCGGUGCUAGACGAUUUGAUAUCGUUUAUGAAGUAG